AUACAUUACCAUUGUCCUAUGCCAGAAUGCAUUUACAGGAAAGAUGGAGGACACAAACAUUUUCCUGUUUUUAAAAAACUCAAGCAACAUUUCAUGAAGGUACAUGCUGAGAAAAAGUACCAGUGCAGCAAGUGUAGCCGGAAUUUCGGACUGGACAGAGACAGGAAGUGGCACGAGGAGUCCUGUGGAGUCACCUACACCUGUAAGUCAUGUGACCACUGGUAUUUUACGAGAGAAGCGUUGGCCACGCACUGUUCCAGAGCAAACCACCCCUACCCACAGGAGUACAAGCCAAAAAAGGCCAGCAUUGCCAAAAGCAAAGGCUCAGCUGUCACCCCUCCAUUGCCAGACAUGGUAUUCCAAGUGUAUGUAGAAGGACCAAAAAUGUCACUCAAGCCGAAGACUUCACCUGCCUCGAGACCCUCUGGUCUAAAGCCCCUCCUCCCCAAAUCUAAUGCACCAGAAAAAAUGGCUGCCAUCCAGUUAAAAGGUCCAGUUAUGCAUUUUUUGCCAUCCCAUAAUACUCAAAGUGUGGACACACAGACAGAGCCAGGCGUCAACCAUACUUCUAUGGCCAUACAGACACUACCCUCAUUGAACAGAUAUCAGCCACAUUUACAGGCUCCUAUUCCAGGAGGCACAAAUUCUGCCAUAUUAUCACCUCACAGGGGCCUAGCCUCAGGCCAGCAUGCUCUUCAUGCUGCGAACAUCAGGACUGCUACGGCCACGCAGACGAGAGACAGACGAGAGGUCAGCACUGAGACCCAGACACUGACCAAGAGGAGCCUGCAGGUGGCGGGAACACAAACUGCGGGGGACUAUAUAGUGAGAGAGGCAAUGAGGGCCGCCCACAUACCUGCUGUUAAGAUAUCUAAGGGGUCACAGGUCUCCCCAAAAUCAGCGGCCCGUGGACCAUCCCCGAACUUCAAACAUGUCAACCAAACAUCACGAAGGAGGAAAAAUAGACCAAGAAGGUCGUCUGCUCCAUACACGAUCACGUGCCAACAAACGCAAAACAAAACCCUUUCCAGGGACUCCAACACUGCAACAGCCUCUAAGCAAGGAACUCCACAUGCAACAGCUGUAGGGAGCACUAGGUCUGAGUUGAUUGGUCAGAGAGGGCCUCAUCCCAGCAUGGUUAAUACUGUUACCAUGGCAACACGUAAUACUGCUACUGUGGACAGUGGAACAACUAUGGAUGAUUUGCCUUGGAACUCUGCAUGCAGCACAGAUUUGGCAUCUGCUAGUGCUGUGAAGACUUCAACAGGCCUGGCAUCAACAUCGUCUGGGGUCUUUGUGCACCGUAGGCUACCCAGGAGCAACAGAACUUUUGCCCACACUAGUGGUCUACCACAACCACUAUCUCUGACAGAUUUCACAGAGAGUGGCACACAGACCUCAGCUUUGCUGGAAGAGCUGGAGAGAUUAGCAGAAAGCAUUGCCACACAGACUCAGUCAAGUUUUCUUAACACCCAGCACUAUGGUGGAACUCAAAGUUCACAGACACAGACUGCCAUUUCUACGUUAGAUAGAGAGAUCAGUCCAGAUAGGAUUAUCCGUGAGAGGCUAACCCCUGGUUCUGGGCUGAAUAUAAAUGCAAAUAUUCUUUAUGGACACAAACAGAACAAUGCAAAUCAGAGUGAAAAUCCUCUAAUUUCUGUUUCACCAACAAGAGGGCCUAUGAUUGGAGGUUGUCCUGGGAUUAGAGAAAACCAAGAAGAUGAAAUGGGUAACGCUGAUGUGACAGAAAUGGGAACAAGUACCAGGACCUUUGGGUUCACUCACAUGGAGACCCAGACAGUAGAAAAUCCUCUGUUGGGGACUAUGUUCAGUGACUCAGGCGUCCAAACAGCAGAUGACUUCAUGAACAUGGAGACUCAGACAGUCAAUGACUGGGUGGAUGAGUUCCUCAGCUGCAUGGGCACACAGACAGAUGACAUUUUGUUUCCUGAUCUGUCAUUGGCUGACAUACAGACCCAGACUGAGGCUCCAGAUGACAGUGCCACAGUGUCGUCUGCUUUCUCUCAGUCAAGCAGCAUCACUGGACUUGAAAUACACUCACAUCAAAGACACCUGUCCAUGAAUAUCUCUACCACCUCUAGAGCCAUGGAUUGUCAAACGCAGACAACAGAGGCUCCACCUAGUGGCAACAUCCUGUCUAAUAUUGAAAUUCAGACCAGCUUGCACUCAUUGCCCUCUUCUGCUGAGCUGACACAGUCAACAGAGAUUGAGACACAAACUAGAUUCUCCUCAAGCAUAGACUGUCAUACACAGACUAUGAUGGACAGGGAUUUGCAGUCCUUGUUAGAAGAAUUGGAAGAAAAAAGUGUGUAGCUGAAUGGAGUCAUCUUAUUAAAGAGACACCAAAAAAAGAAUCUACAAAAUACUUUUUGUGGUCCAUGUUUUCACACUGUUUCAUUUGUAAAAAAUGUUUUGUUCAUAAUUUUUUUUUCUGUUCAUGAAACAGUCAAAAAUCACUGUAAUUUAUUCUUCGUCUCAUAAUUGACUGUUGUUUCUGUUGAACUUUUUUAUAAAUUUUUUUGACAGCAAUCUGGCAAACCAGUGCUGAUGAGAAUCUAACUUCCUCUGUUGAAAGAGAUAAAAAUCAUUGCUGAACUUGGAAUAAUUGUUCAUGUUUGAUGCAAGUUGGUUUCACUUUUGAGUAUUAUUUUAUUUUUUAAUUAAUGCAAGGUUUCACAGAAAUGGAACUUGAAAAGUUUGGGAGUCCAACCUUUCAAAUGUAAUCGCCAAUUUUGUUAUGUGUUUGGUUACAAUAAAGUUGAUUUAAUUAUG